AUUUUCUUCUAAUAUCAGAUCACAUAUAGAUAUAAUUGAUAAUUUGAAUAGUAUUAAAGGUCUGUAUAAAAAAUUUUGUGUUAAUUUAAAGUUAACUCAUUUUAAUAAAAAUAUUUUAUAUUUUGAUAAUGGAUCCAUUGAAAUAUAAGAUUGAGGAAGUUAUCAAAUUUCUUAAUCCAUUUUUACCUAUUGCUAAUAGUCAUGUAGUAAAUUUUAUAACAAAAAAUGUAUGGGAAACUGUUAUUCCUGAAGACAUAAAAUAUGAUAUGAAUAUAUAUGGCUCAAAUAAUUUGCUAUUAAAAUUUUGGACCAAUAAUCCAUCUACUAAUUCUCUUAGCAAAUUUGUUGCAUUAGCUAGAUGUUAUAUUUUAGAAACUUAUCCCACAUGCUAUUUUAAAAAAAGAGAUAAUGUACUCAAAUCACUGGAUAUUGAUCUAAAUGAAGUUUACAAAUUGAAAGAGUUCAUGUCAGCAAAGAAAAAACAUGAAGUAGAAAUUUUGACCAGUAUAAUUAAUGCAUUUUCCGAGUUAAUGGAUGUUAAUGUCAUUGUGGACAUUGGUGGUGGAAAAGGAUAUCUUAGUUCACUUUUAGCAUUGGCUCAUAAUUUAAAUGUCUUGGGGAUAGAUUCUCAGUCAAUAAAUUCAGAAGGAGCUAGAAAUAGAACUAUUAAAUUUGAGAAAUACUGGACCUCAAUUUCAAAAAAUAAUGCAAAAUCAAAUUCCAUAAUUAAAGAAAAGCUUAAUAAUUAUGAAGAGUAUUAUGAAAAAUAUAAAAGAAAGCCUAUAGUGAUUGACAAAACUUAUAAACAGGUCACAGAAUAUGUUACUGAUCAUACUAAUAUUGCAGCACUAGUUGAAAAAAAAUUUGAUGCCAUUAAAAAUAAAAGAGCUGGUUUAGUUGGGCUGCAUACAUGUGGUUCAUUAGCCACUACUUGCUUAAAAUUAUUUACUAAUCCUCAAAAUAAUUUGAUGCUAUUAGUGAAUGUUGGAUGUUGUUAUCACCUCUUAGAAGAAGAAUUUACUAUUGAUCCUAUCUGGCAGGAUGUUAAAGAAGCAUUAAACAGUGAAAAGUGUUACGGAUUUCCUGUAAGCCAAUUCUUGAAGAAUAAACAAUUUAAAUUAGGUAGAGAUGCUAGAAUGUGUGCAUCUCAGUCACCAGAAAAAAUAUUUAAUUUAAAAGAUCUUGAAUAUCCAACUAAGCCUUUAUUUUAUCGGGCACUUUUACAAUUGUAUCUAGAACAAGAAAUUGGUCUAAAUGAAAUAAAAAGACAACAUGUAGGUCGGUUAGCACAUAAAUGUUCAACAUUUAAUGAAUAUGUCCACAAAGCUGUAAAGAGACUUAAACUUGAUGACGUUCAGGUUGACGAUGAAAAAAUUUAUAAUUUGUAUCAAACACAUCUUUUAGAAUUUGAAAAGUUGAAAAUAUUUUUUCUACUUAAGCAAGCUUUAGCUCCUGUUAUUGAAGGACUCAUAUUGAUGGAUAGGCUUCUCUAUCUCUAUGAGCAGGGUAUAACAGAAGCAUUUGUAGCAGAACUUUUUGAUCCGUUACGUUCUCCAAGAAAUCAUGCCAUUAUUGCAUUAAAUAAAGAAAUUACUAUAAAAUCAAUAUCUUGAAUAUCAAUUAAUAAAAAAUUUAAUUUUAUCUAUAAGAAAAUUGUAGUUUUUUCAUCUGAAAAAUAAACUUAAGCUUUUAUAAUUUUAUUAAAAUAAAAUUUAAAUGUUUAGAUUUUGUUAA